AUGUGCUGUGAGUUUGGUGAUCUGAAAGCAAAGAUAGCGGCUUUAGAAACUAAGCUGCAGGACAGUGAAAACCAGAUUGCAGCUCUGAAGAGCAAAGAGGGGAAAAAGCUGGCCUUCAGUGCAGAGGUAGGCCCGAGAGGAGCUGUCGGACCUUUUGACUCAGAGACGACACUCGUCUACCAGACCGUGAUCACGAAUGAAGGAAAUGCCUACAAUUCAUCAACAGGAAUUUUCAGUGCACCUUAUGAUGGAAUUUACUACUUCACCAUCUUCCACCACGCUGGAGGAGGACCAGGGACCGAGCUGUUCCUCUACAAGAAUGACCAGCGUGUGGUGCAGACGCAGGAUCACCCAGCGGUUCACGAGACGGCUCAUAAUGGAGGGAAUGCCGUAUUCCUGCAGCUGAAUCAAGGAGACCAGGUGUAUGUGCGCAUGGGUCCAAACCAGCACGUGUGGGGCUCUGGACUCCACACGACCUUCAGCGGGUUUCUGGUCGACAUGUGA